AUGAUUGCACACUGCAGGAAAUUUGACGAAACGGAUUUCACAGAGAACCCACACAUCAAAGGCGGCCCUCAGAAGGCCUGGGACCCCGUCACAGGCACCAACAGCUCAAAAUCGGAAACACAGGGGACAACAGGCGGUCAUACUGUGAAGUCAACCACCAACCAGAACCAACAAGCUGGGAGAGGACAGCAACAAGGCCAUUCCCUGCCUUAUAACCACGGCUCCGGCUCAGGUUCUGGUAGAUACCCUCACACCCAGGGGUACAAAGGAAACCGGUACGAUGUGGCAUACAACGAUUGCAACACCAGAAGGAACCACCGAGGAAGGAACUCUCACCCCACUGGGAAAGACCCCACCACCCAACCAUAG